GUGAAGAGUAGCAAUUUGUGAGGCGAAUGUAACAGAAGGCAAAAGGAGGAUUGGGGACAGCUGUGAGCCUCCCCCGGAUUUGGAUCUUGUGACACGCUUGUUGCUCUUGCGAGAAUCGACCCCGCCGCAAGCCUUCAUUGCAUUUGCAGUUGCCUUCAAUUCAUUUGUUAUAAUCAAAUUCCACAGAAGAAGUUACUCGAACACCAGCCUCGCGUGAGGGCCUUCUCCCCCCCAGUCAACGCCACAGCGACAAGGGGCACGACCAAUGCUUACGUUGCCAGAAUUUGCAUCAACGUGACAUUUUUGGUGGCGUUGGCGUCACGCUUGUGACUGCGUGUGCCGCAAUCGAAUAGAGCCGGCGAGCUAGGGCUUUGUCAGCGGCCCCGGUGACACUUGUCAUAUUAAUGACAGAACCUAUCGACCUCACAGAGGACACAGAACCCAGCGCUUAUGUGGCGCCAUCUCGCAAGCGCGUCCACUCUCGCUCCACCAUCUCAGCGCUCGCGGAGGGCCUGAAUGAGAGGCUCCAUGUGGCUGAGGCGAGCUCGGGGCCCAGGGCGGUGAAGCGACGGCGCGUCACCGCUGUGGGUGGCGUGGACUUGCCGGGCCCAGCGCCCGAAGCACGGCAGCAGCCCGGCACCCACGGCGGUGACAAGUCCACUCCAACUCAGGCCGCAGUAACCGCCGCACCGACGCCAGAGCCUGCUCAGCCCGCGCCUGCCGGCAUAUCAAUCACCGCCCAGCUUCAUUUCGAGAAGCUGAAGCGCAUGGGCAAGGACGCGGAGGCAGCGCUUCGGGCCCCCGACUCGCCGGCUAGCCAGGCACCGGACGCGGCGGGGCAGGGCACGGGUGCCUCGCCCGGCAAGGCCCACGGGGCACGCGGGACCGGCAGCAGCGCUGCAGCGGCAGCGGCCGGGCCCACCCAGGCCUCGGGCCCAGUGGGCGGCCUUGCAAGGCCAGUGGCUGCAUCUGGGCCGUGGACUGGGGCGGGGGCGGGGGCGGCAAACCGCAGUGCAGGAGCCACGUCCACCUCAGCCCAGGUCCAGGACCGCCCUGUCUCCAUCUUGACCUGGAACCUGUGGUUUGACGAAGAGAUGGAGCUGGUUGCGCGCAUGAAGGCCGUGGGCGACAUCGUGGAGCGGGAGGGCUACCCGGACCUGCUGCUGUUCCAGGAGGUCACGCACAACAUGGUGAUGCUGUUCGGCCAGACGGCCUGGUUCCGCCGCUACCACUGCUCGCCCGCGCCGCGAGAGCAGCCCUACUUCACGCUGGUGCUGGCUCGGCGCGACAGCGUGACGUUGACGGCCAUGCAGCCCUGGGCCAGCAAGGACUACGACAACAGCGUCAUGGGCCGCGGCAUCGUGUACACGCGCGCGGUGGUGGGCGGGCGGCCGCUGGUGGUGGGCACCACACACCUGGAGAGCCCGGUGGGCAAGGGGCCGCAGCAGAUGACGGCGCAGCGGCGGGAGCAGCUGGGCACCGCCCUGAAGGAGCUGCAGGCGGCGGCGGGGCCCACCACCGACUGCGUGCUGGCAGGCGACCUGAAUUGGAGUGACUCGCGCGACGGCGCGCUGCCGCUGCCGCCUAAAUGGGUGGACGCGUGGCGGGAGCUGCGGCCGGGCCAUCCCGGCUGCACCUAUGACUGCCAGGCCAACCCCAUGCUCACUGGGCGCUGGCCGGGCAGUCGCCUCGACAGGCUGCUCUGCCGCCUGGAAGGCGGCUCUCCAGGCGCGAGCGGCGGCAGCAGCCGGGGCUGGAAGCUCGACAGUAUCAAGAUGCUUGGCACGGAGGCGCUGCCGGGACUGACGGCUAUGAACAAGGGGACGCGCGUACUGGUGCUGCCCAGCGACCACUUCGGCCUGCUGCUCAAGCUGGUGCCCGCGGGGGCGGCAGCAGCAGCGGCGGCUGCAGGCCCCGGCGGCCGCAGCGGCGGCGGCUACGUCCUGGGCAGUGGGCCCGCGGCAGCCGGACCCGCAGCGGCAGCGGCAGCUGGUGCGGCCGCGGGCGGCAGCGGCGCCACUGGCGCGGCGUCACCUCCCAAGCGCGCGGUUGGAGCGGGUGGGAGUGAUGGCACGGCUGUGGGAGCGGCGGCGGCGGCAGCAGCAGGGCGGCGGCAGGCUCAGGUUCAGUCGCCGGCUGCUAGGGCCGGCAGCGGCUCGCCGUCAACUCGCAAACCGGCGGCGGCGGCGGCGGCGGCUGAGGUGACGGACCUGACCACGGAGGGCGAUGACGAGGAGGUCAUCAUCUUGUAGCAAUAGGAUGAAAUGGGGUAAUGCGUGUGUGCAGUCAUGUGCACAGUACGUCUACGCAGGCGUCUACGCCCUGGCUUGGUUUCCCUCAACACGAGUCUGAGCCGUUACUUGAGACUGAAGCGAUUACUUGCAUGUGACUGUACAAAGCGUGCGUUCGACAAUGCGGAACACACACAGACAUGAUGGUUGAAGUGUUUUACAGGCAUGCAGUGAGGUGCAGUGCGCCUACGCUCUGAUUUGAUGGCAGUACUCGAGACUGAAGCGAUUACUUGCAUGGGAUUUCUCAUGGCAGCGUUUCGCGUCGUAUAGCUGCUGCGUUAGCACGGGAAGAUGAGUAUGUGGGGAUGCCCCGAGAAAUGUUGACGCUAGCGCCGGGUUCCAGUGGGGCUAUGGAGUCGGUCAUUGACAGGCAUACAGUACUGCAAUUUGCGCAGGAUCAUGCGUGUAUGCGAUGCUGCGGGCAGAGCCUCGGAUGCCGCCGGUCGGCUGAGCAGUGGCAGUCCGUUGGGGCUGGCGCGGGUGGGCUGUAAUGGCGGUGCAUG